GGACCAGUAUGUGGACAUUGAAUUACUCCAACAGGAGGUUCUGCUGCUGGGACCCGUGUGUGUCGGAUAAAGUGCACCGCAUUUAGAACAUCAUAAUUAUAAGGACACAGAAACACCAACGGGAUGCUAAUACUAAGCGGAGAUGGCAUUGCACCAUGUUGAAGAAAACCCUGGCAAGUGUUUUCAGCCAUGUUCAUAGCUGAGCGCAUCCUUCUAUAGACUGUUGCCAUGGAGCCCAGCAGAGGAAGAGAGCUGAGGAGGGAAACAAAGCCUUUGUCUGAUGGGUGCGGGGAGACAGCCGGGGGGAGUGAGGACCUGCAGCCUGAGGCAGAAAUGCCAUCCGAGUGCACGGAUGGUGCCCACCCUGAGCCUCUGCCACCCGGCAAGCUAAGGAAGACUGCCUUCAAGCUUUUUGGGGGCCGUCGGAGCAUCUGUGUCUUGCCCAGUUUCUUUGGAGGCCGGGCCAAAAGUCACAGCAAGGGGUCUUCCAAGAAAGGAAUUAUCAAGAGUAAAACUCAUGACUGCAUCAGCAAGGUGAGCUGGGAGGAUGCCAGAAAAGCAAGGGAUGUCCCGGCAGGAGACUUCGAGUACCAUGGCAGGAAUGGCAUGGCUGGAAAGACCCUGCCAAACUCUAAGAGUGCAGAUGUUAUGAAUGAUUGUGAGGGAAUAGAGUUUACCAAAGGGGAGUCAUCUCACCUGCUGACCCUGGAGACUGGUGACCAUAAACCUAGUUUGGAUAAAUCCUUGUCCUUCCCUCAUCCAAAGAGAGGACUUAAAGGGCUGUUCAGCAGCAUCAGACGUCAUAAAAAGAACAAAAACAUAAAAAUAGAAAAGAGUGAUGUUGACCUCCCUAAGGAGGCGGAGACAGUUUUUCAGCAUGUUGACCAUCAUGAUGAGGAUCUCUUUGGUAGUUUGGCAGAAUCCAGUGUGCCUCCUUCAGCAAAUGUCAAAGAUGAUUUAAUCAUUACUCAUGAAUGUGGACAAGAGAGACUUUCAUCCGAAGACUGUCAGGUUGGUCAGGAGAACUUGGAAUUAAAAGACAGAGGUGGUGAUGAAAUGGAAAGGACAGAGGUUUUAAAUACAAAUGUAGAGCCUCUCAAUAAAAGCUCCUGUACUCGCCUUCCAGAUGUCAACCCAGAAUGUGCAGAGAAUGAUCAACCUUCUGAUCAGAUCAGUUUGAUCUUUGGUGAAGUUUCCUCACUGAAGAGUUUUGACUCCCUCACUGGAUGUGGAGACAUCAUUGCUGAUCAAGAUGAUGACAGUAUCGCAGACAGUAGUGUGUCAGGAGAAAGAAGUCGCAAUGCUGGCAAGAGGAGUUCUUGUUAUGUCACCUACCAAGGUGGUGGGGAGGAAAUGGCCACCCCUGAUGACAUUGAUGGUGAUUAUCUCCAGGGUUUGUGGGAGAGUGAUACUGCAGCAGAUAUUUGCUAUGUUUCCAACCAGAAGCCAGAAUUUAUAGAGUCAGAUAAAAUCCUUGAAAAAACUUCUGAUGCUUCAGAUAUUCCGUCUCCUAUUGUAGAUGCUGAAACACAUACCACAUUUUCUCAUGAUACCACAGAAAGCCUUACCCCUGGGGAAGUGUUGUCUCCCCAGAGUGACCACCAGGAGUCUGUUCCCAACAGUGAUGAGGGCUACUAUGAUUCUACCACCCCAGGGCCUGAUGAUGAUGGGAUAGAUGGAGUUGGCCAGAUGGGAAGUGACAGACUACCAAGAGAUAGUUACAGUGGUGAUGCCCUUUAUGAGCUUUUUGAGCCAGAUGAUAGCCUCAUGAGUCCCCCUCUGAAAGAUAUGUCCUCUUUCGAGACACAGAAAUGCAUCGCAGAUCCACUGGAAUUUCUAGGCGUGAAAUUACGUGGCAGUGAUGCAGAUUUGCAGAGCACUUUUACGCAUAAGACUUGUGUCAUUGAAACUGAGGAGGCCAGAUUAGCUAAAAUACAACAUGAGCUUCUUUACUCUGAGUUGCAAAGCAUACAGAAACCAACAAAAGAAUAUGGCAUAAUUGGGAAAAACAAAUUGUACUCUGAAAACCGAAACAGUGAAUUUAUGUUAAGCAAAAAACAUGCCAGUGUUAAGGAAGAAAGGACUGUUUUGAAUUUGUCAAGUUUAAAAGGGAAAAAUCUACUGCAGGGGUCCAGUAGUUUAAAAGAGAACAAUAAAAAUGAAAUAAUUUGCAGUCAGAUAGCCCACAACAAGCCACCAUUGGUAUUAGGAAAAGAGAUUUGUAACGGUCGUAUUUCUCAGAAUUCCUAUAAGUUGCAGGAGUCUGCUUCAUAUGCUGACGAAGGCAGCCAAAGGCCUCUUCAGGCAGAAAAUCAAGGUCACAGCUAUUCCAUGAACAUAAUUAAGAUGGAUGCAGAGCAUGACCAGACAAUUUGUUUUUCCCAAGCACUGGUAGAUUUCACAAAACGAACAGAACUCCUUGGUAAUCUCUCUGCAAGCCUUGGGGGUGCUGAGUCUAACUCUCCAUUUGCUCAGAAUAUACAGGUACUUCCAUCGAUGGUCACUUUUGACAUAGUGGAUAUGGAAAAUGAAGGGGAAUAUGAUAAUCAGGUACAGAUGGUUGCAGAUGAAGAUAUUUCCUCGCCGUUUGAAGAUUACAGUGAAUCGUUCCUGCAGAAGGAUGCAUUUGCUGAAUGCGAUGACCGAUUAUUUGACUUUAAUGAUCAGAGUUUGUUUUUCAAUAACCCCUGGGGAGUGGCAAGUCUCCCAAGGCACCUCAGCCUUACUAGAGUUAAUCAGCCCAUGCCAGCUCCCCUUUCUUUAAACAGGAGAAGCAGAUCCUUAGAUACAGACUGUUUGGAGUUUGAAAUGAGUGACUUGUACCUAAUGCAGUCCAGGGUCAGCCCUUUUGCAACGUUGCGAUUUGAUGCCGACUCUAAUGGAUCAUCUUUCCUGCACCGUAAAAGGAGUAGGAACUUUGCCAGCUCUGAGCUGAAGGACAAUGCUUGUGGCACUACAGCGUCAUGGCAACCAGAGCCUAAUGGGACCUCCGUGCUCCCUUCAACAGAUGGGAAGAGGGCAAGCCAGGUGCAGAGCCUUGCUUCUGCUCAGAAAGAGCGAGCCAAGCUAGCCUGCACUCCCAAUGGGAGGUCGGAGGCUCCAUCACUGGGCCAGUCUCCCAUCUGGAAAAGCCGACCACAGGUUUCAGGGCACGCGGUGUCGGAGAAAAGGCCCUCUAAUCCUGUGCCGCAGGGAGCCGAGCAGUUAACCUUGCCAUUUUGUCUGCCUGGUGGAGAGUGCACCUCUCAGUCACCAUCCUCUAUGACAGAGCUUGCUGCAGAGACCCUGUGUGAGAGAGCUGAGUGUAUCCCAGACGGCAGGAGUGAGGCCUGUUUCUUGAAGAGCACUUCAGCGAUCUACUCAGAUUGUACCCAACAGUCCAAGACCAAACCCAUUGGGGUCACACAGGGUGUGCCUCAUUUCUGCUCUGAUGGCAGUGACACUUCAAAAUUAGCCAUCCACAAGGAAGGCAGAGAUUUCGGCAGUAAAGGCAGGCAAGCUGUAGAUGUGCUGGUGCCCGUUGGGAGUAACAAACAGACGUAGCCCAAGAGCGUUUUGUUUCUUCUAGGGUAUUUGUGGUAUUUUUUUUAUUUUAUA